UCAAAGAACUACUUUGUUAUUUCUUAUCUGCUUUCACUUGGAGAAAAUGGUUGAAAAUGCUGGGAUUCAGGAGCCAAUUGUGAAUGGUGAAAUAUGAAAUGGACCCUGGCCAUGAAUGAACCCUGAUGCUCAGAAUAGCAUUACCUGCUGGUUUCUCAGACUUUUUUGAAAGAAGCUGAAGGAAGGUAGAACCAGGAUGUAAUUGGAUAUCUGGCUUAAGUUUCCAGAACCAGCAACCAGAAAAAUGGUGAAUUUUCAUGCCUUAGUCAAGAGCAUAACUCCUUCUGCAUGGACUCUGCCUGAGCCUAUGAUCUGGGCCAUAACAGACUUUAGAGCAUCCAGGGGCUUUGCUGUUGCUGUGCUGACCUACAUCACCAUGGAUUACCAGUAAUAGGAUUUGCCACUCGGAAACUGGGACUACGCUUAUUCAAAACACACAGCAGUUUCUUACAGAGAAAUAUGGCUUUGGUUUUCCACUACUUUCUGCUAAUUCUGGUCUUUCAGGAUACACAUGCAGUUCAGCCUUUCUGUCUGCAAGGAUGCACCUGCUCAGAGGAGAGUUUUGGCAGGACUCUACAAUGCAUGUCUAUCUCUUUGGGAAAUAUUCCAGAGAACCUUCCUGAAGAGCUCAAGCAAGUAAGAAUUGAACACUCACCCAUAUUUGAACUUUCCCGAGGGCCUUUCGUCAACAUGAGCACCUUGGAAUACCUUUGGCUCAACUUUAACAAUAUCACUGUGAUCCACUUAGGAGCCCUGGAGCAUCUGCCAGAACUGAGAGAGUUGAGACUGCAGGGGAACAAACUCCGUUCAGUACCAUGGACAGCGUUCCGUGCCACCCCUUUCCUGAGGGUCUUGGAUCUCAAAGGCAACAGGAUUGAUAUACUCCCUGAGCUGGCUCUUCAGUUCCUAGCCAACCUGACCUACCUUGACCUAUCCUCCAAUAGGCUUACAGUCGUAUCCAAAAAUGUCUUCUUGAACUGGCCGUCCUACCAGAAAUGCCAGCAGCUUCACUGUGGGGCUAAGAUUCUCUCCAGCAUGGUGCUGGCACUGGACAACAACCCCUGGGUAUGUGACUGUCGUCUAAGAGGACUUGUCCAGUUUGUCAAGUCUAAUAGCCUUCCAGUCAUCCUGGUGAAUUCCUACUUGAUAUGCCAGGACCCUGUCUACAAGGCAGGGCAGCUACUUCAUGAGAUUAAGCUCAGUGUUUGCAUGAAGCCACAGGUCUCAACCCCUAGUGCCAAUAUUACUGUUCAGGUAGGACAGAAUGUGACUCUGCAAUGCUUGGCACAGGCCAGCCCCUCACCAACCAUCUCAUGGAAUUAUCCCCUGAGCAUUUGGAGAAAAUUUAAUGUGUUGACUUCUUCGACUGCAGAAGAUGCUGUUCUGUCCCAGUUGAUCAUCCCUGCUGCUCACCUGGUAGACAGUGGCAAUUACACCUGUGUAGCCUCCAAUUUCAUUGGCAGGAGCACCCUGGUCAUCUCCCUCCAUAUCCAGCCUGCCCAGGUCCUGCCUGCAUCCCAUUCUCUUUCCAUCUCCCGGGAGGGUAAUUCCUACAUCGACUUGCGGGUGGUGAAGCAGACCGUGCACGGGAUCUUGCUGGAGUGGUUUGCAGUAGCCAACAUUUCUGAGGAGUGGUUUACCCUCUAUAUUACUUCGGAUGAAGCCCUCAGAAAAGAAGUGGUCCACAUUGGCCCUGGAAUCAACACAUAUGCUGUAGAUAACCUCCUCCCCGGCACAAAAUAUGAGGCAUGUCUCAGUCUGGGGAGCCGGCCCCCACACGAGGGCCGGUGUGUCGUCUUUGUGACAGGCAGAGAUGGUGGCAGGCUGGAGGACCGCGAACGUCUCCUACACAUCUCGGUGGUCCUGUGUGUUUUGCUGCUGGCAGUGCCUGUAGGGGCUUAUGUCUGGACAGCCGAGGGCCCCUGCAGCUGCAGAAAGUGGGGCCCGCACUGCUGUCCUCAUCCCAGGCGUGCUCUCAGGCCUCCCCCUGCAGUUCCACAGUGCAAGGACAGGUCCUUUAGAGACCAUCCAGCUGUCUGUGAGGAUGGCGAGGGCCACAGACACACGAAGGGGAAUGAGGAGAAAGAAGAUGACAGUGGCUAACAACCCAGGUCAAGGGGUGGGAAAUGAUGUGGACAAAAUUUACUACAGCCAAGAUUGUGAACAAAUUCUGAUACUGGAUGGGCACA